AUGAUCUGGAAGAGUAUCAUUCUGUUGAGCAUAUUGAGCUCACUGCCUUUCGCGGCUGCUUCUCCAAAGAAACACCAAAAAGAUCCACCAAAAACCCCCGAAUGGUCAGUGCUACCUGCAAAUGCAUCGGCUUCAGCACCGCCACUUCGAAGUUACAAUAGCUCCAGGCUGUAUACACCCUUUACUGGGACUCCGACUACCACAGGUGCGCUGACAGCUUCUUCAAUCGGAACGGGCAUCUCUCGCGGAGGCGUUGCAGCCACAGCAACAACGUAUCCCGGGGAUGGAAACCUUCACCAUUCCGAGCCUGCUCCAUAUGUCCCGGCAGGUGGUGUCGGGACCAACGGAAGCACACCCGUCUACAACACGAAAAGCGAUUUUGACUACGAGUCUUUAGCCCUUGCUCUAUACCAGGAAUGGAUUGAGCUCGACCUGUUCCAGGACGGACUCAGGCGUUUCAACGAUUCAGCCUUCCGAGCCGCCGGUAUGACAGCUUCAGACCGCGAGUUGAUCGCAUUCAUGGCACAUCAAGAGAUUGGCCACGCCACUAUGCUCAGCAAUAUCCUCGGAGCCGGUGCCCCCCAGCAGUGCAACUAUAUCUACCCGUACACGAACGUCAAGGAGUUUGUCGACUUCUCUGGCGUGUAUGGCUUUUUGGCUCAUCUUGACUCGCGCGAGGCAGCCACUCUUUUGACCCAGUCCAUCACCACGGAAGCACGACAGCAAAUGAUCUUCCGUCAGUUUGAGGGUCUCUUCCCGAUGGUAGAGUGGUUUGAAGUUGGCAUACCGCAGUCCUGGGCUUGGACACUGCUGGCACCUUUCAUCAGCUCUUGUCCUGAAAAUCAGACUCGCUUGAUUUGGCAAAAUUUCCCGACCCUGAUGGUGGUCAAUCAGCCCGAUCCGUGGAUUCCGGCGACUUCGCGCAACUUUUCGUCGGGUAAUAACCGUACAAAUGGGCAUAAUGCUACUGGGUUCAAUUCUACUGGGUAUAAUUUCACUUCAAGUGGCGAUCAGAUUUCAAGGCUCAACACGACUUCCGGGUUCAAUCAGACUGCAGGAUUCGGCUUCAAUCAGACCACGGGAAUCAACAAUACUGUCGGACCAGGCGUCAGUAUCCCCAAGUCACCAAAAGGCUCCGGAAGAUUCAACUCGUCUACUUCAGCUAAUGGCUGCGGCGCUUCUGUUAGCAAUAUUCGCCCAGUACCUCUCACGGCCCCAGGUCGGAGGGUGCUGUUGCAGUGGGAUCUUCCCGGGAAGAAAAUCGGUCCCAACAACAGCUACAUCACCACAACAGAGACGAAAGCUGGUAGUGCAAAGUAUGUCCUUUGGGUGUCGCAACUGAACAUUACCUACACCCCUCUGUACGUUGUGAAUGGUACCAACAGCACCGAGAGCACCAACGGUACCAACGGGUCCAACAGUACCAACAAUGCCAACAGUACCAUUUAUGGUAUUCGAGGAUAUACUACCCAGCCCAGCUUGGAAACGUACCAAGGUGACCCAGCUUUCAAUGGUACCAUUUUUAUUGCUAUCACAGACAGUGAUCCGUAUGUGAGCCCAUUCAAUCUGAGCUUGAUUAACCCGCAUGUGGUUGCUGGUCCAGCUUUGUACCAGGCUGGCUGA